GAGCAGGAGCUAGCCGUGGGAGAACAAGAAGCUAUAGAGCUAUAGAUCGAGUCGUUUCGAUCUUCCUCGAUCGCCGUUGUCUUCCUCCUCUGGGUCUGUAGCAUAUAUAGCCAAAGCAUGUGGAAGCUGAAGAUUGGCGAGGGUGGUGGGCCGUGGAUGCGGUCCACCAACAACUUCGUGGGCCGGCAGACGUGGGAGUUCGACCCUGAGCUGGGCACCCCGGAGGAGCUCGCUCAGAUCGAAAACGCGCGCGAAGAGUACCGCAAGAAUAGGUUCCGCCGGAGGGAGUGCGACGACCUCCUCAUGCGCACUCCCUCCUCAUGCGCAUGCAGUAUGCCAAGAUGAACCCUCUGUUAGACAGGAACCUUCCCAAGAUUAAACUGCUGGGAGAAGACGAACCUGUCACAGGGGAAGUCGUGAUGACCGCACUUAAACGGGCACUAAACCGUAUCUCCACGUUGCAAGCGCAUGAUGGGCACUGGCCUGGUGAUUUCUCUGGGGUUAUGAUCCUUAUGCCUACCAUGCUGUUUGCUCUCUACGUCACCGGGACGUUAAAUACUGUCUUAUAAGCGGAGCAUCAGAAAGAGAUUCGCCGGUACAUGUACAACCAUCAGCAUGAGGACGGUGGAUGGGGACUGGAUAUUUUGGGUCCAAGCACAAUGUUUGGGACUGUCCUGAACUAUGUCUGUCUGAGGCUAUUGGGUGAAGGGCCUGACGAUGGUGAUGGUGCAAUGGAGAAAGCGCGAGCAUGGAUACUAUAUCAUGGCAGUGCUGCUGCGAUACCUCAGUGGGGAAAGAUAUGGCUUUCGAUGCUUGGCUUAUAUGACUGGUCUGGAAACAACCCAAUGAUUCCUGAACUGUGGUUGGUCCCACGUUUCCUUCCAAUUCAUCCUGGGAAUUUUUGGUGCUUUUGCCGAAUCGUCUACUUGCCCAUGGCUUAUAUUUAUGGGAGGAAAUUUGUUGGACCAAUCACACAAACUAUCUUGGAACUGAGGGAGGAGCUAUACUAUGAACCAUAUGAUGAAACUGAUUGGAACAAGGCUCGUAACACAUGUUGCAAGGAUGAUCUUCGCUAUCCACGGACAUUUGUACAAGAUGUUUUGUGGACAAGUCUUCACAAGUUUGUUGAACCGGUUUUAAGUCGAUGGCCUUUCACACAUUUACGAGAGAAAGCUUUGAGAUAUCUUAUGGAACAAAUUCAUUACGAGGACGAAAAUAGUUGUUACAUUUGCCUAAGUCCUAUUAGCAAGGGGCUGCAUAUGAUUUGUUGUUGGAUUGAAGAUCCAAACUCAGAGGAAUUCAAAAAACAUAUUCCAAGGAUUUUUGAUUAUUUGUGGAUUGCGGAAGAUGGCAUGAAAUCACAGGUUUAUGAUAGCACUAAUCUUUGGGAAACAACAUUUAUGGUUCAAUCCAUUUGCUCAACUAAUCUUUCUCAAGAAUAUGGGCCAACACUAAAUCGAGCCUACGAGUACAUUAAGAAUUCCCAGGUUCUUAAGGAACAUCCAGGAGAUCAAAGAUAUUGGCACCGGCAAGCUUCAAAAGGUUCUUGGACACUUUCUAGUGCAGACAAUGGUUGGGCUGUAUCCGAUUGUACAGCAGAAGGACUCACAGCUUUGUUACUUUUGGAGAAGGUGUCUCCUAGCUUCGCUAUUUCAAGACCAAUAGACCGACAAAGGCUGUAUGAUGCUGUUGAUUGUCUGUUCAACUUUAUGAACAAAGAUGGUACAUUUUCAUCAUACGAAUCCAAAAGGGGGUAUUCGUGGCUGGAGGUUUUGAACCCUUCGGAGACAUUUGUGAAUAUUCUUGUUGAUUAUCCGUACGUUGAGUGCACCGCUUCAGCAAUUCAUGCCUUGGCGCUGUUUAAAGAACAAUACCCAGAAUAUCGUAAGGAAGAUGUAGAAACAUGUAUUACAAAUGCUGCUACUUUUAUUGAGAACAGUCAAAUGCCCGAUGGUUCAUGGUAUGGGACAUGGGGUGCAUGUUUUACAUACGCCACAUUCUUCGCAGUUAAAGGACUAAAGCAUGCAGGAAAGACAUACCAUAAUUGUUCGUGUCUUCGGAAAGCAUGUAACUUUUUAUUGGCAAAACAAUUGCCUUCCGGUGGAUGGGGAGAGAGCUAUCUUUCAAGCCAAAAUAAGGUGUAUCUAAAUUUUAACGAUGGCCAUGAUCAUGCCGUGCACACGUCUUGGGCUAUGCUAGCACUCAUCGAUGCCGGGCAGGCUGACUUCGAUCCAACACCUUUGCACCGUGCUGCAAAGCGAUUGAUCAAUAUUCAAAUGGAAUGUGGUGAAUUUCCUCAGCAAGAACACGUCGGGUGCUUUAACUCAUCAUUGUUCUUCUCUUAUCCCAACUAUCGCAAUAUAUAUCCUAUUUGGGCCCUUGGAGAGUACCAUCAAGCUAUGAAUCUGAAAAACUCCAAAAGUUAAAUAUAAAUGCACCUUUUCAGUCUUCAUCAAAAUAUGCAUGCCUAGAGCGAUACAUAAACUUGCGGGUACACCAGGAGUUCCAAGUCAAACUUUGUGUUUAGUUAUAUUUAGAAAACCACAAUCAUGUGUUUGUGUUUGUUUGUGUGGGUGUCCGCGCACAUGGGUACGAGUCCUGGAUCUUUGUAAUAUAAAGGAUGCAAUAGUUAUACACAAGCACCAUACCAUGUUUGGAGGUAUGUGUUAUCUCGUGGUUUAUUUGUAUUUUUCAAACUUGGCGAAAGAGAAUGGAGUGUAUUUUUGGCGGAGUUCA